AUAGAGCCUAUUGUGAGAAAAAUUGAAGCCCACUGUCAAUGUAUAGAUAGGGUCUUAUCAGUGUGGUUUUAGACCUGGUAAAUCCCCCUUAGACCAGGUAUUCACCGCAUGCCGAAUAUCCGAAGGCCCGCAAAAGAAGAUCGACACGCAUCAUCUAUUGGUCGAUUUCAAAGCCGCUGUCGGCAGCUGUUGCCUUUAUGCCGCAAUGUCUGAAUUUGGUAUCCCCACGAAAAUAAUAAGGCUGUGUAUAAUUACCAUGAGCAAUAACACCAGCUUCGUUUUAUACCAAACGAGGUUUCAUUCAGGGUGGCUCUCUUUCAUAUAAUUUCUUUAACCUGAUGUAGGAGAAGAUGAUAAAAACUGCGGAACAGAGAUAAAGCUUCUGCAUAAGAUUCACGAGCCUCUGCACGCUGGCGAUGGUGAAUACCUUAGCUUUACAAUGAUACAGAUAUAGUUGCUUGGUCAUGCCGUACAAAUGGACACAAACGCUCUAGCUCUGAAAGUAUUGAACGCGGUUCGCGAUGCUGGAAGAGGAAAACCUCCUCUACGUUGGAAAGACCAGGUGGAGAAGAACUUAACUUCACUUGGCCUAUUUGUCGAAACGUCAGAUAACGGACUGAGGUUGAUUGACUACGCUGGGGUCCGACACAUGUUAAUAUGUUGAACAAAAUAUGUCGCCUACAGGAACAAGCUGCGGUCGGGCGCCACGUAAGCUAAAAUGACCGAUAAAGGGAGCUGAAGAGGGAAGCGAGACGUAUUCUUCAUAAUGGAAAGACCAGGUGGAACGGCAUUUGGCUUCACUUGGCAACUCCAAUUGGCUUCGGUGGACACAGAAAAGCAAUGACUUACCCGCUUUAUUGGACUUUUAAACUGUUCAUUUAUGUCUACACUUAACCAAAUCAUAAUUCUCGUCUAAAUGCUCACUGGGUUCAAAUCACACAGAACAGAAUAUUAAAUACUAAACACUUAAGCAAUAACAACAACGCCCACAAGCAGUACAACUACUAACAAAACUAACAAUCUCUGCCUUAACUUGGCAGCAUCAACAAGUAUCAGCUGCUGCAACUAAACGACCGAGUCAUUACCUUCAAUCGAUUCUCAAUGCGCGGCAACAUUUCAGUUGAGAUCUUAAUUCUAGCGUAGACGGUCGGUUUUGUUGUGAUUUAAGCCAAGAUGCUCAAUGGAAAAUUUUACAUGGGUCUGCCACCCGGUAUGAUUGAACGGGGCAGUACACAACGUAAUCGCCUGCAAUCAAGUAUUUUCUGGCCCGAUGACACCAAAGUCGAUUCAGCGUUGGAAACGCGCGUCAAGCGACGUAAUAGCUUACAAAUUGCUCAGAACGAACGGCCACAGCUGCGUAUGCAAUCAUCGGUGAGCGGCAACAGCGGUGACAGUACAAGGCAGUUAUUUCAGAAGGAAUUCUCAAAAUCGUCUAUCGAAUUUUUGGAUAAUUUAUGCGAUGAAAGUAAGACUAGGAAGCCAUUGCUCUUGAGGGGCAACAGGAGCGCUGGUAGCGAUGUGACUCCCAAACCUACAGCAAUGAAGUUGCCACUGCCCGAGAAUGUGGUGAAUGCGGGAUACACCACCGCCAAGAAGAAACAGGCUUUCACAUCGAAAAUCGAGUUCUAUGAUUAUAUGGGCGAUGAGUUAAAUAAUCGGAACAAUUUCCGACGCACAAAAAUGGAUAUGAAUGAUAAGAAGGAGAUGGAACGAAAUACGAAAAACAGUCCAAAAUUGCAAGUGAAAAACAAUAUGCGUAGUUUGGCUACAAAUGAAAAAUUGUAUCCUGCAGAAAGACGCGAAAAAGUUGAGGUAGCGGGAUUGGAGGAGAGCGCAAGGCAUGUAGAUGAUGUCGAGGUAGUGCUCAAAAAUAAUAUUCGUGACGAAUUGCAAAAUAGAGGAGAGGACCGAUAUGCGGGCGAAAGGGCUUUCGAUGAUGAGUUCGAAGAUGGUCGUGGAGAUUUGACUGGCUAUCAGAAAAAUAUGCGGGAACGUGGUAAUCUCCUCAAAGACGAAAACUUACGUGAAAUCGACUACUUGGAAAACAGAAGAACUGUAAGCCCAGAGUAUGGCUAUAGACGCGAGCGUCGAUUUCGUGAGACAUACGAAGAUGACUACGAUGUAUCAGAUUACGCACCUGUUCCAAGGUAUGGUGCUGCUGUUCGACGCUCUAAUAGUGUAGGCCGUUUUACAGGUCCCCCUAAGCGUAUAUUAAGGAAUCCCAUAAGGGAGCGACGCUAUUGCGAUAAUUAUGGCAGUGACGCUUAUAGAAACAAUGAAGCCAAUCUUGGCAAUAGACGUUACAUGAAUAGGAAUAACGAGGUGGACGACAACAGAGACUACAAUGAUUGCGACGCCGAUUUAGAUUUCAUGGAAGGCCGCAUAAAGAAUAUGCGCAUUCGCACAUCACCCAAGAAGCAUGUCACCUACAGCGAUGACACCUACUCGCACGACGAAGAAACUCCAAGUCCAUCGCUGCGACGACCUUUGGCGGCAACUCCACAGUCGCGAGCUCGUCCAAAUAUGCGCACCGGAAGCGAUCAGCAACGCCAACUACCACUACAGCCACAGCAACAACAACAACACGAUUUACGACGUUACAAUAGUGAAAUAGAUUUCGCGGAGGAUGCUAAUGAGGCGUCGGAGCAAAAAAUUAUGGAAAAUGACAUACGCGGUAGUGCAACAACAAUAAAGCCAUUAAAUACAGGUAGUAGCUACAAUAACAAGUGCAAUAAUAGCCGAGAUGUUGGAAAUGAAGAGCGCAAAAGUUUUGUCAAUAAAAUAAAUAACAACAAAAACAAUAAUUUUAAUAACACAACAAGUCGACUUAACAAUCAAACUAUCGCGUCAGCUGCACGGAAAAUCACACCAAAAAUAACAACAACUACCGCUACAACAAAGCAAAACGCCGACACAGCGACCAACGAGCAAGCAGAAGCUGGUGGUGGUGUGAAAAAGCAUUUGCGCAGCAGCCUCUGUCUUCACAAUGGCGAGAUCGUAGCGAGCGAUGACGGUGGAGCGACGUCCGCAAAAGCACCCACGCGCAAUGCGCGCACCAUAGCUACACGCCAGCGCAUUAGUGUGGGACUGCCAGAUUAAUGAUUUGAACAGGCUGCAGCGCUGACGUUGAGUGACGGCUGGGCUGCGGCUGCGCAGUUGUAGUGUAGAGUUACGAUCGUGCUGACUUAAGAGCUGAGUGUUGCGGGCAUUUUUAAUGGUCUAAUAUGAAGUUGGAUUCCCCUAAGGCGCGCGCCCGCUAUUACAUCGAUCAUUUAUAGUAUGAGACAUGCAGUCGUUAAAUUUUGUUAUAACUUAACAUGUAUCCGAAUUUAAGUGAAAAAUUAACAAAGUGACUUUGAGUAUUGCAC